AUGGAGACUAGAAACUAUGACAAACCAAUCCUUUAUCAAAUAUCAAAUCUUCCGGUGCCGUUAAGGCACAAAGAAUUGGAGAGAAUAAGCGAAAGCAAAAAUAAAAUCAACGACAAUAUAAAAUGUUAUUUAGAUGAUUAUGUGCCUUUCAGUAAUGGGAAUUAUAAGCACAUAGAUUUUGAGAAGAUUCCUAGUUUACUUUACGUAGGUGCUUUAUUAGCUGGUGCAAGCAGUGGACCGAGCCUUAGUGAAGGCAGUCAUAUAGCAAUUGAUAUCAAUAUGACUCGUAAUUACAUUGCUAGUCGAAAUUUUGAUUCUCGCCACGAUGUGAGACAAGCAUACAUUAGUAAUAAUUUACCAGGAGAAGGAGGUUUUCAAGAACUUGUUGGAGGCAUAACUGAGGCAAGAGAAAGACAUGCUAGGGCGAAUGAAUGA